CUGAAAGGACUCCUUCAGUCCUGCUCUAACUUCGCUUGACUUUUGGAAAACCCUAGGCCACUGGAAACGGCAUGGGGUCCCUGCCUCGCAACCUGGAGCUUUUCUACGACGUGCUGUCUCCCUACUCCUGGCUGGGCUUCGAGGUUCUGUGCCGUUAUCAGCACAUCUGGAACAUCAAGCUGCAGUUGCAGCCCAGCCUCCUUGGAGGAAUCCUGAAAGACAGCGGAAACCUGCCUCUACAAGUACCCCGCAAACUGCAGUACCUUAGAAGUGACCUCCAGCUCCAGGGACAGCACUUCCAGGUUCCCAUGCAAUUCCCAAAGGAUUUCUCUGAGAUUGUUAGAAAAGGAAGUGUAUCUGCCAUGCGAUUCGUCACUGCCACAAACAUGGAACAGCCAGAGAUGCUGACGAAAGUAUCCAGGGAAUUAUGGAUGCGCGCCUGGUCACGGGAUGAAGAUAUCACGCAGCCCCAGAGCAUCCUGGCGGCUGCAGAGAAGGCUGGCAUGUCUGCAGAAGACGCCCGAGCACUGCUCGAGAAGAUCUCCACACCACAGGUGAAGAACCAGCUCAGGGAGACCACAGAGGCAGCCUGCAAGUAUGGGGCCUUUGGACUGCCCAUCGUCGUGGCGCACAUGGAUGGCCAGAAACACAUGUUAUUUGGCUCUGACCGCAUGGAGUUGCUGGCUCACUUACUGGGAGAGAAGUGGAUGGGCCCUGUGCCCCCAGCUCUGAAUGCCUGACUUUGACACUGCUGGAUGGGAGCUGUCGUUCAUUCAAAAGAGCAGACAGAGUGCUUAGUCCCUCCUCCACUGCAUUGUCUAGCUGAAAGAAUUUACCCCAUGUCCCUGUCGAGGUGUGAUCCUCUGCCCUCCUGAACGCCAAGAAGGGCAUCAUUCGAAUUGCAGUCUUGAUGGGAACAGCGUGGUUGUUCUGCAGAGAAUUAAAAACAGAGCUACUGUAUGAUCUACUUUUGAAUACAUAUGCAAAAGUUGUAAAAUCCAGAAGUAUGAAAAAGAUCUCUGCACUCUUGUGAUCAUCAUAAUCAUAGUUACAACAGGCGAAUGGUGGAGAUAGCUUAAAUGUCUGCCUGUCCAUGAAUGGUAAAGAAAAAAUGGCACACACUUCUGGCAAGAUUUUCAAAAUUUGGGGAGGAUGUUAUAUGUAUUGAGGCAUAGCAGGUAAAGCUGCUUCCUACUACACUGCUCUCCCACAUGGUCCCCAGUUCACAUCUGGGAUGCCCUCAUCUGAUCUAACUCCUACUAAUGUGCAUGGAUGGCACCCAAAGAUAGAUGAAGUUCUUAAGCUCCUUCACCCGUGUGGGAACCCUGGAAUGAAGCUCCUAGGUCUUGGCUCCAAUCUGGCCCAGCCCUGGCUGAUGUGGCCAUUUGGGGAGUGAACAAGUGAAUGAAAGACAUCUCUCUAUCUCUCUGUGUAACUCUUCCUUUCAAGUAAAUAAAAUUAUACUCAAAACCAAA